CAAAGAAAAUUCAACAAGCAGUGGCCAAGCGGGCCGUUAGACUGGAGAAGAAUUUUGUAAAUGAACGGCUUCUUUUCCCGGGUACGAAGCUCUCAAGAUGAAACUGAACCGGGUGAUCCGGAUCUCGCAAAAGGAUGACCUCUUGCCACGUGGCCGUCCAUGUAGCCUUAUGAAUCUCUCCACUUUGCAGUUUGCACUAUGCAUUCUUCCUCGUCAUUAUGCAUUCUUCUUAUAUUUCAAGAACCCACAACUUCCUGUACUCCCGCAAGUACAAUUUCCGAUUUUCAUAUCCCAACUACUGUACUACUACUACUACAUCUGAACGCGCCACCAUGGAGAAGUACUCCAAAGAUGCUGUUGGUGAGGAGGCGAUCAAGGAUCAACUGAGGGAAGGCUUUGCCAAAAGUGCCUGCGAUUAUGAUCCUUCCAAUUGUGAAUUUGAUGAGAUUCUCCCUCAUCUUCUAAACAUCUAUGCAUCCCAUGCCACACCUCAAGAUUUUGAUAUCUAUGCUCCUGAUGCAACCUUUGAAGACCCACUGAUGCGAGCUCAAGGGAUAAAGCAGAUUAAGUCAGCUUUCUACUCAAUUCCCAAGGUUUUCAGUGAGUCAAGAAUCACAGAAUAUAGCAUCAAAGAGAAUGUAAUUUCACCUAGAAAGAAGGAGAUACUCAUGGACAACAAGCAGUAUUACAAAUUUCUGGGGAAAGAUAUACAUAUGAUAUCCCUUAUCAAAUUGCAGAUAGAGAACGGGAAGAUCGUUCGACAUGAAGAUUGUUUCGCGUCUCAUUCAACAACUAUUAGUUCUACCACUGCCGGUGAUUAUCCCCGGUUACUCGGGACAUUUUCAUGUGAAAUGUGGAUCGCAGGUGGGAUCAGAAGCCCCUAUGGAACAGUGAGACGGUUCGGCUGCCGCUGGUCGGGCGGCUCGCAGAAAUGACUCGCCGGGCCUCAAUGUUGGUUACUCAUUGUCUGAUGCGGUUUGGUAAGGAUCCAAGCAAUUGACAACUACUCAAAGUGUGCGCGCGCGCGCGCAUAAAGCUUUGGUUACUAUCUUAAAACGAUUGGUUAUGUUGUAUUGUAACUAAAACUUGCAAAUACUUUGGAAUUAAGGGUCAGCUGACAUGGACUUGUAAUAGUUUGGGGUUCUGAGUUGAACUUAGUUAAGACGAAUUUGUAAUUGGAUCCCAGGCUUAAUCCUAUUUAUAACUCAAUUCAGCACUUAAACUUAAUAAA